UUAAACAAAUAAAAUAGAAUUAAUAGUAUACGACUAUGAUUUAUUCGGAAAUUAUAAAAUAUUUAUGGUGACGCUAGUUAGCUCGUAUUUAGUUUUUUGUAGUAUAGCAAUGUAUUUUAUUUCUAUUAUUACUGCGAAUUGUGAAGUUAAAAUAAUCAUUCAUACAUAAAAUAAGAAAAAUAGUUUAUUUAGUUUUGUAGUAAUGAAUAAGUUUGAUAUAAAUUUGAAUGAACUAUGUAGACUUUGUUUAGUUAAGACAUCUGAACUCCGUCCUAUUUUAAAUGCUGAUAAUGAUUUGUCAACCCGUAUACAAGCUUGUGUUGGAAUAGAAGUGCAGCAUGAUACAAGAAUUGGUUGUAUGUGCAUUAAUUGUUUAAAUCAUCUAGAAAAUUGGGAAAAUUUUAGAGAUGUAUGUAUAGCUUCAAACAAACAAAUUCAAGAAUAUUUCAACCAUUCAGAUGGGACGAAAUUCAAUUCUCUGAGUGAUAUAUUAGUUAAAUGUGGAGAUGCAUUACUAACAAGUUCACCAAAUUAUUGUGAAGAUCAACAUUUUGAUAAUGAAUCGUUGAAAUCAAAUUCUUCUAUUGAACUAUUGAUUCAAGAAAGUUAUGCCAGGACAGAUAAACAUAAUUUUGAAAAAUUAGAUGGUGUGAAUACCAAAAUAGCGAAAAAAAAGAAAUACGAAUGUGGAAUAUGUUUAACAAUUUUCACCAAUAAAGAUUCACUGUACAAACAUCUUAUAAACGUUCAUUUUAAAGAUGGUAAUAAUACUAAUAUUCCACAUUAUUGUUUAGUAUGCAGUAAAGGUUAUUACAGUUACCAAAACUUUCAAGACCAUUUGAAAUCUAAUCCAAAAUGUCAUACUCAGAGUCAGAACGAAGUUAAAAGUCACAUAUUUGGUUGCGGUCUUUGUGCUUGUAAAUUUAGCCAAUCAAGGAGUCUCUAUAGACACUUAAGAAGUCAUGCGUUGAAAAAUGAUCUUAUACCACAUUUAUGUUCAUUUUGUCAUACUGGAUUUCUUGAUGCGUUUGGACUUUCUUUGCAUACUUCAGCUGAACAUCAAGACAUAUCUGUUUCUAUAACUAAGUUAUCAAAACAAGAAUGUUCAGAUAGGCAGAAAAACACUCUUGUCAGCUACCGUGAUGAAUUAUGUUUAAAAAGCAUGGGCAAUAUUAAUAUUGAAAAUGAAUGCAAGGAUAAUGAUAACUCCAUAAAUAUCCAGAAAACAAGAAAAAAAAUUAAGACACUCGAAGAUAAAAGAGCGAAAUAUCGUGAACAUUAUCGACGUUUUCAAUCAAAAACAUACUCUUGCGAAUUCUGUAAUGUUGCAUAUUCACGUUUUUGUGAUCUAUCUAGUCAUGAUCGCACAACACAUGAUGAUAUGGCCAAAGAGUUUAGUUGUCCGACUUGUGGAAAGUUGUUUUUAACUGAUAGUCGUUUAAAAAUUCACCAGAAUGCUUUCCAUUCGGAAAAAAUAUUUAGCUGUGAUAUAUGUAACGUUCGUUGUAAAUCUAAACCCACUCUGCGUACUCAUAUGCGUAAGCAUAGUGGAAUGUUUACUUGUUCGUACUGUAAUCUCACUACAGCUAGUAAUGCUGCUCUAGUAACACAUAUCCGGGUACAUACUGGUGAAAAACCAUUUGUAUGUGACAUGUGUGGCAAUUCUUAUGCGUCUAAACUGGGUCUUACUUCACAUAAACGAACUCAUUUACAUGAAAAAUUAUUUAAAUGCAAUAUAUGUGGUUAUACUGGUUCAAGUCACAGCUCAAUCUACAUUCACAAGCAGACACAUAAUUCAAAUAAGCCAUAUGUGUGUGAUGUGUGUGGGAAAACUUUUAAAAUUAAAGUUCGGUUAGUGGAUCAUCAAAAAAUUCAUUUUGGAAUUAAAAAUUACGUAUGUGAAGUUUGUAACAAAGCGUUUCUAGCUCGAUAUCAACUUAUACAACAUUCACGUACUCAUUCUGGUGAAAAACCAUUCCAAUGUCAACUGUGUUCCAAGGCAUUUGCUAGAAAAGAUGGACUAUCUGAACACAUGAGAACACACACUGGUGAAAAAAGAUAUACUUGUUCUGAAUGCUUUAAGACGUUUUCGUUUUACAAAAGCAUGAAAAAUCAUAAAUGCAUAUCAAAGCAAAGUAAUAAUAAGGAACCGGUACAAUUGUCACAUCUAACUCUUCCAGCUGUUUCGAUUGAUAUUUCUCCUUCUAACAUUUUAAAUGCAAAUUAACCAACACUAAAUACCAAUGUCUAAUAAUUUACUAUUAAAAACAAUAUGAAGUAAAUUAAUAAAACAAAUAUAGGUAUAUAUAAUCAUUCUGUAUUUAUUAAUUUUGUUAUGUUAGAAAAGUAUAUUCGGCAGAGGCAAGUGAGUUUUUAUGAGCUUAUAAUGAAGUUCAAAAAAAGUCAUUUUAAACUAUUUUUUUAUAUAAUUGUCUCCAAAU